AUGUCGCUUCACGUCAGAGUAACAAGGAAAGGACCUGCUGAAUUUGAGAUUCAUACUGAAGGUGGAAAUGGAGGAAGAGUAUAUGCUCAUGUUAAAACUGAUGAUUAUGAUAAAUUGUUGAAGAUACAGAUAACGGAAAUACCGGAAGCAUUUGAGUUACAUUUGGAAAAUAGCUUAACUGGUGAUAAGCAAAAAUCAAUUGCCGAACUAACGCUAGAUCCUCUUGGGCAAAAAAGGACCUAUGGUGUUGAAAAUGAAAUUGAGGGUGAAGGUGAAACAUUCCGUGCUUUACGACUAACCAUAAAACAACCGAAGAGGGCGAUUAAUAUUGCAAUACUUCGACCAGCUCGAAAUAAAUAUGCCUUAUCAAUACAACCAAAUGUUGGUGGAGGAAGACGUCCAACCGUAGCUGAAAUGACAUAUCAAAAGACGUCUGAUGGUUAUCAUUGGGAAGGAAGCAUUUCGGAUCAAGCAUUGCAAACACCGCUUAAAGCAAAAAUAAUUUACAAAAAAGAUGAACGAGAUAAAUAUAAUUAUCGAUUAGAUCUACAAACAGAAUUUAUCUAUAGUGAUCAAUCGGAUAAAUUAUUUUCCAAUUCAUUGCAUUUACAUCGAAGUAUUGUGUUAUCAGAACGUAAGAAACGAAUAAUCACAAGAAGAGCUGAAAGAUCUGAUGAUAAUGUCCGGUUUGUUAUUGAACUGAAAAGUAGCCAUCCGGCAAGCAAUCUCAAUACUCGUUUAUGGAGUAAAAUUGAUCGAAAAAUAACCGGACAAGCUAUGAUUCCUGUUCAUGUAACGUUCGGUUUGGAAACCAAAAAUUUGAACCAUCAAUCGGCAGAAUAUUCGCUUGAAACAAAAACGGAUGCGGUCAAAUUUAUGGAAAUUCAAUUGAAAUCACCGAAUUUAAUGUUGAAAGGAAGAAUUGAUAAAAUCAGUGAUAAUCAUUAUAAUGUUGGAUUUUAUAGGAACAGUGAACAACCAUCUAUUGUUGGUGAAUUGAAAAUGCAUGAAAAUGGAGUGAUUUUUGAAUACCGUGAUCAAAGAUCACAAGAAAUUAAACUACAUACUUCAGCUCAAAAACUUAAUGAUUAUCAUGGAAAGAUUGAUAUAUGGCAUAGUGAAGCAGGCAAGAAAAUACAAGAUGCUCGUCUAUCAUUACAAAUGAAUGUUAAAGAAAGGUUCUCAAAAACUGAUCAAUUUCAACAACAUUCAUUUAUACGUGAUGCUAUUCUACCAUUAUUUUCAUCACAUAAUCAAAUUGCUAAUGAUAUUAUGCGAACACUUGAUGGAGCGAUCAAAGAAUGGACUGUAGAACAAAGGUUAAAAUAA